AUGGGGCCGCGAAUACCAUGGAGGACGCCACUGGCGCAGCCAGCAGCGCCGCGCACACCGGGCCAGGAGGAGCAAUGGACACAGAUCCUGCAGCUAGAGAGGCCACCGACACAGCCGGUGACCAAUCAAUUGCCUCCCGACCUGUUGCUGUGCUGGUGCUUGCGCAUAUCGUCGCGGCCGGUCAUGGGCGGCGCCUCCGGUGCCCUUCGACGCCUGGGCAGCUGCCGCGCGGCGCUGCGCUGCCUGCGCCGCCGUCUGCGCCCACGCCAAGUAGCCGCGGCUCGCGCGCGGCCGAGGGCGCGACGCCGCGCCCUGGCCCCCCCGCCGCUACGAGACGCGGGAACUGGGCCGACUAUAGACAUGGAGAAGCAGAUGAUUUGCAGUCGGGAAGCCAGGCACGUUCCUCGUCUGCCGAUGGAGCUCAUGCACAUGAUCGCCGGGCUGGCUCCGCUAAUCGCAGGAAUCGAGAUGCUGCAGGAGCAGGCAACUGUGACACAUCCUGGCACUACCAUGCCAAGAACGGAGAUUACGGGGUCUUAA